AUGGCCAACGACACUGACAAACUUACCAUUUGCAUCGACCGAGGUGGCACAUUCACUGACUGCAUUGGUUUCUUGGGCAAGCCUGGUGCACCCAACACGCGUGAAUUCGUCGUCAAACUCUUGUCUGAAGAUCCCGCCAACUACAAGGAUGCACCCACCGAAGGCAUUCGUCGCAUUGUCGAAAUGGCUACUGGCAAAACUAUCCCACGAAACGAGCCUGUACCCACCGAUAGAAUUGACAGCGUGCGUAUGGGAACGACUGUGGCUACGAAUGCCCUUUUGGAACGCAAGGGUGAACCAUGUGCCUUUAUUAUUACCAAGGGUUUCCGAGAUCUCUUGAGCAUUGGCAACCAAUCACGUCCUCGUAUCUUUGAUUUGUCGAUCACCAAGCCUGAUGUUCUCCAACAAAGCGUCGUUGAGGUGGAUGAGCGCGUUGUAUUGAUAAACUCGGAUGCUGCAAUGGAUCGCGUGGAAAACCCCGAGCAAGUUUCAGGAGCAGUGGAAGGCAUCUCUGGUGAAUGGAUUCAAGUAUUGCGAAAACCAGAUUUACAAACUGUGAAGAAAGACUUGCAAGCGCUCUAUGACAAUGGUCUCCGCAGCAUUGCUGUGUGCCUGAUGCAUUCAUACACAUUCCCAGAUCACGAAAAUAUGAUUGGUGAUGUUGCUCGUGACAUUGGCUUCACUCAUAUUUCAUUAUCCCACGAGGUGAUGCCCAUGGUCAAGAUUGUGCCCCGUGGUACUUCGGCUACAGCUGACGCCUAUUUGACUCCUUGUAUUCAAAAAUACAUUCAAGGCUUUGUCAGUGGAUUCGAUGAUGGCUUCAAGACCAAAAGGACCAAGCUUCAAUUCAUGCAAAGCGAUGGUGGUCUUGUGCCAGUGAGCAACUUUUCUGGUUUCAGAGCCAUCCUAUCAGGACCCGCUGGUGGUGUCGUGGGAUACAGUGCCACAUCCUUUGAAGCGGACAAUGGGGAGCCUGUUAUUGGUUUUGAUAUGGGAGGAACUAGUACAGACGUAUCUCGUUAUGGUGGAGCUUUUGAGCACGUGUUUGAAACUACUACAGCUGGCAUCACGAUUCAAGCACCUCAAUUGGACAUCAAUACAGUGGCAGCAGGAGGUGGUUCUAUGUUAUUCUUCAAGAAUGGAAUGUUUGUGGUUGGACCCGAGAGUGCUGGUGCCCACCCAGGUCCUGCAUGUUACAGGAAAGGAGGCCCCCUUGCAGUUUCAGAUGCCAACUUGUUUUUGGGUCGAUUGCUUCCAGAAUAUUUUCCAAAGAUCUUUGGGCCUUCAGAAGAUCAGCCAUUGGAUGUCGAUAUUGUCCGAGAAAAGUUCUCCAAGCUUGCUGAAGAGAUCAACGCGGCAAAUCCAGGAGAUGCAAAGAGUGUGGAUGAGGUCGUCUAUGGAUUUCUCAAGGUGGCAAACGAGACAAUGUGUCGCCCUAUCCGCUCAUUGACAGAAGCAAAAGGCCACAAUACAAGUCAUCAUACCCUUGCUGUUUUUGGUGGUGCUGGUGGACAACAUGCUAGUGGUAUCGCACGCAAUUUGGGUAUCAGCAAGAUUAUUCUAUACCGCCAUAGCUCAAUUCUCUCCGCCUUUGGUUUGGCUUUGGCAGAUGUGGUUCAAGAGGUACAAGAGCCGUCAGCUGAAACUCUCGGUCAAGAAGCAAUGCCACGACUUCAAGAACGCGUCAAUCAUUUGAUCCAGAAUUGCACAAACGAGCUUUCGGCAAAGCAAGGAUUCCAAACCAGUGAUAUUACAACAGAGAUUUAUCUCAAUUUGAGAUACGAAGGCACCGAUUGCGCUUUGAUGACUCUCAAGCCCGAAGAUUCUUGGGAUUUUGAAAACACCUUUGUUCAGCUAUACAAGCAAGAAUUCGGCUUUGCAUUGACGGAUCGCAAGAUUAUCGUGGAUGAUAUACGUGUGCGUGGAAUUGGACAUACCUUGGGUGGCGACAAAGCAUUGACGCCAAAGCAUGAGCUCGACACACUUGAUAUUAAGGAUGCUGACCCUGUUGCAUUACGUGACACUGUUACAUCGGUCUACUUUGAAUCAAGCGGCCGUGACAACAAUGUGCCAGUCUACAGACUCCAAAAUCUCCCACCUGGAACGCGCGUUACUGGUCCUGCAAUCAUUAUUGAUGCCACAGCAACCAUUGUCGUGGAACCGUUCUGUGCCGCCGUGGUUACAUCACAACACAUUACCAUCACAGUUGGAAAAGGUGAAAGGAAAAAGAUCACCACCGAACUCGAGCCUAUCCAAUUAUCCAUUUUCUCGCACCGUUUCAUGAGCAUUGCAGAACAAAUGGGACGCAGCUUACAAAAGACAGCUAUCAGCACCAACAUCAAGGAACGUCUAGAUUUCUCGUGUGCAUUGUUUGGAGCUGAAGGAGGAUUGGUGGCGAAUGCACCCCAUAUUCCUGUUCAUCUUGGUGCUUUGAGCCAUGCUGUGACAUACCAACUCAAUUAUUACAAGGGCAAUCUCAAAGAAGGCGAUGUCAUCAUGACAAAUCAUCCUGCUGCUGGUGGAUCUCAUUUACCAGAUAUCACAAUCAUCACCCCUGUUUUCGACAAAGGCAAGAUUGUGUUCUUUGUGGCAUCUCGUGCUCAUCAUGCGGAUAUUGGCGGCUUGACUGCAGGUUCGAUGCCACCCUUCUCCAAAGAGUUAUACCAAGAGGGAGCUGCCAUCAAGUCGUUCAAGGUUGUUCAAAAUGGUGAGCUGGAUAUGAAAGGCAUCAAGCAUUACUUGUAUGACGUUCCUGGAUCCUACCCUGGUUGUUCUGGUACUCGAUUGCUUCGCGAUAAUGUAUCAGAUAUCAAGGCGCAAAUUGCUUCCAAUCAAAAGGGUAUCAACCUUGUCAAGUCAUUGAUCGAUGAAUAUUCCCUCGAGGUGGUUCAAGCUUACAUGGCUCAUAUUCGUUCGAAUGCCGAGAAUGCUGUGCGGGAUCUUCUCAAGGAAUACGCUCGUAAACAUGCGGAUGGGGUAUUAUCAGCGACCGAUUACAUGGAUGAUGGCACGCCUAUUUCACUCAAGAUCACAAUCGACAAGGAUACGGGAAAUGCUGUGUUUGAUUUUGAAGGCACUGGUCCAGAGGUCUAUGGCAACACCAACACACCUGAAAGCGUAUGCCACAGCGCCUUGAUUUAUUGCGUGAGAUGUCUCGUAGCCCAAGAUAUCCCACUCAACUCGGGUUGUCUCGAGCCAAUCGAUAUCCGAAUUCCACCUCGAUCCAUUUUGAGCCCAUCAGAGACAUGUGCAGUCGUUGGAGGAAAUGUCCUGACAAGUCAACGUAUUGUCGAUGUGAUCUUCAAGGCUUUUGGUGCUUGUGCAGCAAGUCAGGGUGAUUGCAACAAUCUCACCUUUGGAAAGGACGCCACUGAUAAGGGUGCUGGAUGGGGAUACUAUGAAACCAUCGCUGGUGGUCAUGGAGCGGGACCAGGAUGGCAUGGCCAAGAUGGCGUGCAUACUCAUAUGACCAAUACUCGCAUCACUGAUCCCGAGAUUUUCGAACGUCGUUAUCCUGUGUUGUUGCGUGAAUUCUCCUUGCGACAAGGAUCGGGAGGCAACGGCUUUUAUCAUGGUGGCAAUGGUGUUAUUCGUGACAUUGAAUAUCUCGAAGACGACAUACAAGUAUCUAUCCUAUCCGAACGUCGCGUAUUCAGGCCAUAUGGCAUGCAAGGAGGAGAGGAUGGCAAAUCGGGAUUGAACUUGUGGAUCAGACAUGUCAAUGGUGGUGAUAAGGUGCUUACUUUGAACUUAUCUGGGAAAAACACGGCCUUAUUUGGUAAAGGCGAUCGCAUUAUCAUCCAAACGCCUGGUGGUGGUGGUUAUGGCAAACCUGGAGAUGUGGCACCUGCUGGCACUGCCUUGUCUUCCACUCCGCACCCGAUUGUCAAGGCGAGUGGCAGCUUAGGAGCAUACAAGGAAAUGCAAGAGAGUACAUAG